AUGGGGUGGAUGCACGUGACACCUUGCUACUGUCUCAAGGCCAACGCGUCAUCUGUGCAGUACCCUGUAUCCAUUCAUCUCGACACUGAUAGCCAUUACGCUAUCUUUGUCUCUUUUGAAGUUAACAGCGGCAAAGGAGGCAAGGGUCUUGGCAAGGGUGGUGCCAAGCGUCACCGUAAGAUCUUGCGUGACAACAUCCAGGGUAUUACCAAGCCCGCUAUCCGCCGUCUCGCCCGCCGUGGUGGUGUCAAGCGUAUCUCCGCCAUGAUUUACGAGGAGACCCGUGGUGUCCUCAAGUCCUUCCUCGAGUCCGUCAUCCGUGAUGCCGUCACCUACACUGAACACGCCAAGCGCAAGACCGUUACCUCGCUCGAUGUCGUGUAUGCUCUCAAGCGUCAGGGCCGGACCCUCUACGGUUUCGGUGGCUAA